UUGUCUCCCAUUGGUCCCAGAACUGAAUCCAUAUAAGAGAGGAAUUUAUAAAUGUGGAAUUAAGGGAAAUAUUGUGGAAAGUGUAUUUUUCAUCAAACUUUGAUGAUUUUAAGUGAAAAAUGAUCCUAUCUAAACAUUUUCAAAAUGGUUCGCAAGAUUGGAUGAAUACUGAUACAGCGUGGAAAGGAUGAAUACUGUAAAAGCGUGGAUAGAAUGAAUGAAUGAAUAAUGUGGCCACUCCAGCUGGAUUAUUCAAGGGAUCAAUGUCUCGGUAUUCUUAGAGGAUUAGAACUGAAAGCGUAUUCCUCUGUAAUUGACGCGCUUCGCGCUGGUGGGGACCUGACAGAGGAUUCAAGCGCGUUGCUUACCCAGCUUCGAAGCGCACUUUUUAUCUCCCAAGAUCGUCAUAAAACUGAGAUAAGGCGCGCAAUCAAUAAUGAAAUCCUCAACACUGUAUCUGAAAGGGUUGCCGGCCCGGACCAAAGUGAUGAAUGGAAAAGAGAAGGAAGAAGAAUUAUUCCCCUUCUCCCUCGGGCUCCGCCCAUCACCGGUUAUAAACAGAUCGCAGAUGCGGGUAAAGACGACCUCUCCUCUUUAAACAAAGAGCUUCCUCCGCCCUGGGAAACUAGGACGGUUGGACCUCUCCCACCCCUUCUCCGGGAGAUUAAAACUCCGUCGGAACCUGAAUUUUUAAAACCCGAGCCGGUUGAGCUGAACGGGUCUGUCAGCCCAAUAAAGACAGAGAUCAAGGUUGAGGAUGAGGAUGAGGAGGAGACGGGUCUAGUGUUUCUACCCAGCGGGAUGGCGGUCAGACUCACAGAGGACAAAAGUCAAAUUGGGAAAAAAGGCGGGAAAAGGAAAAGAUCAAUAUCUAAAUCAAUAGAAAUUUUCCCUAAAGGUGUUCCUAUUUUGAGCCCCAACGGGCGGAGAGAAAGUGUUUCUUCUCCACCGCGGAAGAUAACCUCGCCUCUGAGUCCUGUUCAUCAGGCUGGGCACGGAUAUGCCCGCCCACCUCCAAGUGCCCCAGCUGCUAACUCCCCUACAAUGUCUCCACCCAAAAGUACCGAGGCUCAACUGUUCUCUCCUCCUAAACGAGGUCCCGGUCGUCCUCCCGGUUCAUCCUCUCCUAGCGUCGGCCGUGGUCAGGGUGCAGUGAGAACGCGAGCUCCGCGAGCAUCUCGGCCCCGAGGACCGCGUAGCAGAGGUCGAGGACUACGAGCCUCUGCUCCUUUACAACACAAUGUGCCUGUAUCCAUUACUCAAUCACCAUUAGUACAAGGACCAACUGGUCAACCUAUUUUUACUCCGGUACACCCCGGAGCUAGACCAUUCAGAACUUCCACGCCUAAACUAUCCGGUCUUGCGCAGAAACAAGGUUAUUCCCAGUUAAACAGUUUACCUCUCAGCUCGGCUGGAUUGGUUGGUUUGACUCAGGUAUUGAGUCAAACUUACCCUCAGGACCUCUCAACAACCUCUUCUGAGGCUAAACCUAACCUCCAGAACUCUCAGUCUACUAUUGGAUACUUGCAGGCUCAAAAUCUAUCUUCCCACGAUUUCUCCACUUUUGCUUCUCAAGGUGGAAGCCAGCUCACCUCCCUAUCAGUUCCCCAGCUCUCAGGGCUAACCCAGAUACCAGCACAGUUCACACAAACUCGGGAACAGUUCUCUACUCCAGUCUUGACAACCCUUCCCUCUCAGGGAGCUCAAACCAACCACACUCUUCAUCUCUCUAACUCCGGGAGCUCCAAUCCCAGUUUACAUCUCUCAAACCAGAGUUUUUCUCAUUUCUCCAGUUCAGGAUUGAAAGUUAUCUCCCACUCCGGAGCUAAGAUUGUUCCUAAAGCCGGUGGAACGGUUUAUGUAGUUCCCGGAAACACUCAGAGAUUACUCUCCCCUGCUCCGCGUCUUGUAACAGUUACCAGUGGUACUCCUCGGCUUGCAACCAUAGCUUCUACCCCUGGGGUAUCCAGUGUCAUAAGAACCAUCAGAACCUCAUCCUUUCCUGGCUCUAAUAAAUCCGUUAUUGUCGUUCAGAAGUCUGGCCCCACUAGUAUCCGUGGAUCCAGGCCUAGCACUGUAGCUUUGUACCGACCUGCCCGGGGCGGAAUUCCGGUUUCCCGGGGGAUUUCAUCAGGAAUGGUUCGACUUCCAUCCUUCCCCCGUCCUACACUAAUCCGACAACAGAGUGCCAAUGGUAACCUGUAUUUGGUUGAGUUGGGACAGGAUUCGAACCAUCAACAAACCAUGUUACCGAACUCUCUGAUGACCAGUGAACCCGGAGCUCCAACCUUACAGAGAAUAAUAUCCAAACCUAUUUCCAGCUCUAAACCAAUGCCUAUAGUUAUUAGUUCAAGUUCGCAAACAUUAUCGAAGAAGAUUUUGCAUGAUGGCGGUGGAAACCCGGAGCAUGAACCUGAAACCUGGUUCCAGGCUAAGGAUAUUCCCGGAGCCAACCCUAAACCUACUCCGGAUACAAAGAGGAGCUCAGUGAAAACUGGAUUAUCGGAGCUGGAAGACGGAAACAUGACAAAAUAUUCUGAUAUAUUCAGUCUAGCACUAGAGCAGGCGAAUAUACCUGCAGAGAACAAUAUUGCUCCGGAGUCCCAUAAAUCCUUAUCCUCGAGUACUGGUAGGUUUGUGACUCUCCCAGCUCGGGGGAACUCCGUCCAGCUUCUCAAAAACGAGUCUUCGGUUCCUGUCUCUGGGUCCUUGGUUUCUAACUCAGGAACCCUGGUUCAUACUUACGGGUCUUUAGUUCAAAACUCUAGCUCCCUGGUUUCUGGGACCCUAUUGUCCAACUCUGGGACUCUGGUUCAGAACUCUGGAAUCUUAAUUUCUAAAUCCGGGUCUCUGGUUCUCAACUCUGGAACCCUAAUGUCUAACUCAGGUAUCCUGGUUUCCAACUCUGGGUCCCUAGUUCCUGUCUCCGGAUCUGUUGCUCCGAUAUCGGAGAACCAACCUAAAUUCAUACCUGAUGCCCAGUCUUUGUCCAACCUUGCCAUGAACGAGAUUAUUCAGGAGAAUAUUUUAGAUUCUCCGUCUUAAUUUGACAACAGUUAGUAUUUUUUCACCAGAAUAAACAAACUAAAAUUGAAUAUUUAUGCACCUCUGAAAUAUUUAAAAGUAUUCGGCCUUAACCUUAUUCUUGAACACCCUAGACAUGUACAGUACAUAAUAUAUAAACUUUGAAUUUCGGACUUGUUUAAAAAUAUAUUUAUUGUGAAGUUGUAAACAUGCAGACUAUGUAUUGUAAAACUUAAGUAUCUAAAUUAUUAUUUUUCUUAAUGUCAUACAAAAUUAGUAUUUUCCUCUUUAUAUAAUAUAUAGUUGAUAAUACACAGCAGGAUGGAAAUUUACUUGUUUUUAAUUUUUUAUUUCUGUUAUUCCUGAAAGCUAGUUACUUAAAUCCUUUAAUCCCUUAAAGCCUGUAAUUCCUUCAAGUCUGUAAUCCUUUGAAAGUCAGUAAUCCCUUAAAAGUCAAUAAUCCAUUAAAGGCAGUAAUCCAUUAAAGGCCAGUAAUCCAUUAAAAGCCAGUAAUCCAUUAAAAGCCAGUAAUUCCUUGAAAGCCAGCAAUCCCUUAAAAGCCAGAUAAUCCCUCUCUUGCUAGAGCUUGAGCGUUGGGCACAGGAUUGAGAAUGCAUAAUAUUCCUUUAGUUUUAAAAUCAAAAAUUUUUACUUUUUAGAAAACACGUGGUAUAAAAAAUUUUCAGGCUUUUUAUGUAAGAAGACUUAGAAGACUUUUUGUUUAAUUUUCCCCUUUCUUAAACACUAAAACUUAAUUUCUCUGAUUUCCCUUCCCGCAUUUGAAAUAUAACAGAUAAUGCCGGUUUUUAAAUUCAGUUUGUGUCCGAUAGAUGGCUCUGUAAAGAAAUAGUAGUUCCACGACCUAAUGCAUCCAUAGAUACAUGUAAAUAUAUUUAAAUACAGAUCUACACUGGUCCUUAAUUGUAAACAUAACUUAUCAAUCAGGAAUUAUUCCUUGUGUUGAAAUGUCCCCGCCAUAAUAAGAAAUGUAUUCCGACAUUUUUAUAUUAUUACUCACAUUUAUUAUGUGAUUUGGAUUUAUAAAUAAACAUCUAUGCAUUAUUAA